GGCGCCGCAACCGCGACCUCGCAGACUGGGCUCAGAUGAUGGUCGGGCGGCGGAUCGGACAGCAUCGCGGCUGUAACAGGAGCGAUGGCGACGCGGACAUCGCCGCCGCAGCCGUUCGGGAUAGAGGGCUUAGCGCCGAGGACGCCUGCGCCGCCAUCGUGGGCCUCGCAAGGUGCGCUGCGUGGCAAGCGCUGAAGGUGGCGGCUGUGCCUGCGACAGUGGCGACGGACCACCUCUUGCUCGCUUACGACUCUCAGCGCGACUGGACGGCGGUGGAGAAGGGAUGGGGCCUCAUCGACUGGAUCGGCAACCAAUGGGUGGAUUUCUUCGCGGGGCUGGGGCGAGACGACGCAGCCCUGUCCGAGAGUUUCGCCCGGAAUUGCAUGAUGAAGUUCGAGAGCCCGGUUGACGCGACAGAGAUGUCUGGGCAUCGGGCGCAGAGACACGCCGAGUGGAUGCAGAAUCCCGAAAUGAGUGAGACGACCGACGCGGCGAUAACGAAGGUGCCAGCUGCGAACAUCGACUCCCGCAACUUCUGGCGCGACCCUGCCCCAUGCGCGGCCAGUGGCUGGCGGCGCGGGAAGUGCAAUGCCAUGGCGCGAACAGGUCAUGCAGUGCGGAGCACGCGUGCUAAGGAGAGGUUCAAGUACUGUGAGCCGACCGAG